GCAAACUGCAGACUGCGCUUAAAGUUUUCUUUGAGUGCAGAGAAGGGUGGACACAGUGCGGAAAGGAGGGUCUGAAGGGCAGAAAUGGCUUUUCGGAGAAGGAACAAGAGCUACCCAUUCUUCAGUCAAGAAUUUCUCAUUCAGAAUCACGCAGACAUCGUCCUUUGCUUGGUGGUGUUCAUCCUGCUUGGACUGAUGUUUGAGACAACUUCAAAAACGGCCUUCGUCUUUAUACUGCCUCAGUACAACAGCAGUACCUUUACACCAGAGGGGGAGGUGUCAUUAUAUCGCUACGGAUGGAGGGACUGCACCACCACCUUCUUCUACUUCCUCAUUGCUAUCAUCCUCCAUGCGGUGGUUCAGGAGUAUAUCCUUGAUAGAGCAAACCGGCGUCUCCGUCUGUCAAAGAGUAAGAACACAAAGUUUAAUGAGUCAGGCCAGCUGUGUGUAUUUCACCUGCUGUCCUCCGCGUGGACGUUCUACAUCCUGAUCACGGAAGGAUAUCUUCUAAAUAUCAGCAGUCUGUGGGAGAACUACCCUCAUGUUUACCUCAGGUUCCAGGUGAAGUUUUACUACUUGUCCCAGCUGGCGUUCUGGCUCCACGCCUUGCCUGAGCUCUACUUUCAGAAGAUCCGGAAGGAGGAUGUCCCUCGACGGCUACAGUACAUCUCGCUGUACCUGCUGCACAUCCUGAUGGCGUAUCUACUCAACCUGACCCGCGUGGGGCUGCUGCUGAUGUUUCUGCAGCACCUGUCAGAGAUGGGCUUCCACGCCUCCCGCCUCCUCUACCUCACUGAUGAGAGCCACCACAGACUGUUUGACAUGUGGGCAGUGGGCUUCGUCUUCACCCGCAUGGUGACCCUCACCCUGCUCUUCUUGGUGCUGGGUUUUGGGCUGGCGCGGGUGGAGAACCAGAGUCUGGACUGGGAGGCCGGGAACUUCAACACAGUACUGGUUAGGUGA